AUUUCUGGCUCCUCAGCAAGUGGGACUGCCAUGGAGGACACCCUCACCUGCAGCCAUGCCACCUUCUCCCAGGUGUUUGGACGCCAGGGGCAGCUCAUGCAAGCCACUGUCCAGUCUCUCAACAGCCUGAACGACCAGAUCGCUCAGUUCAUGGUGACCCGACCCUGCAGUCUGGUUGAUGAGGAGGAGGCCUUCAUCCCUGGAGAGAGGGACACCCUCAGGAAGUCCAUGACCCUGAUGAGACACCUGCUAAUGGAUGCUCAGGGGAAAAUCCUUAAAAUGAUGGAAGACAACAAGCAGCUGGCACAGAGGAUCGAUGGGGCCAUCCAGUCAGCGAGUCAGGAAGUGACCAACCUCCGAUCCGAGCUCUCCGCGACCAGCCGCAAACUGGCAGAGCUGGGCGCCAGCAGCCCCCUGGCGCUGGAGAACCACCUCCAGCACAACCACCACGAUGACAGCCUCCGCUACAGGGAUCCGUCGGUGCAUCACAGGCAGAAGACGGUGGUGACGGACAUGUGCUACCCGACAGAGAUAUCCAGCCUGAUGGACUUUGGCACUGCAGACUGCUCGCUAGGCAAAGCGCUGCUGCGAGAGGAGGUGGUCCAGCUUCAGGAGGAGGUCCACCUGCUGAGGCAAAUGAAGGACAUGUUGAGCAAAGACCUGGAGGAGACGCAGGGCGGCUGCUCCGCCAACCUGCUGUCUGCCACCGAGCUCCGAGCCCAGCUUGGUGACAAGGAGCAGGAGCUGGACCGCGCCAAGGAAGCCUUACAAGCCAUGAAAGCGGACAGGAAGCGGCUAAAAGUGGAAAAAUCAGAGCUGGCGAAUCAGAUGCAGCAGCUGUACACGACGCUGGAGAGCAGAGAGGAGCAGCUGAGGGAGUUCAUACGAAACUACGACCAGCACAGAAAGGAGAGCGAGGAUGCGGUGAAAGUCCUGGCGAAGGAGAAGGAUGUUCUGGAGCGGGAGAAAUGGGACCUGAGGAGGCAAACCAAAGAAUCCACGGAGCAGGCCAACAUGCUGCGCUCUCAGAUAGACAUGAAGGAGAACAGGAUUAAGGAGCUGGAGGCCGAGCUCACCAUGGCCAAGCAGUCUCUGGCCACGCUGACGAAGGACGUCCCCAAGCGUCACUCGCUGGUGGUGCAGCCGGAGCCGCUGGUGAACGGCAGUCAGGAGUGGGUGAUGCAGGCCGACCUGCCACUCACCGCCGCCAUCCGUCAGAGCCAGCAGACGCUCUACCACGGACACAACGCUGACCGGCAGGCUGUGGUCAGGAUCAGCCCCUGCCACACUCGCCAGCCGUCUGUGAUCUCCGACGCCUCAGCAGCUGACGGGGACCGCUCGUCCACGCCCAGUGACAUCAACUCGCCUCGUCAUCGGACGCACUCCCUCUGUAACUCCAUGGAAGACCUAGAAGACCAGAAGCGUAAGAAGAAGAAGGACAAGAUGACUCUGGGAUCUCUGUCACGGGUUUUCACCCGAGGAAAGCAGCGCAAGUCACUGGACCCCGGCUUGUUUGAUGGUACAGCCACCCCUGAUUAUUACAUAGAGGAGGAUGCCGACUGGUGAAGCUGAGUGAGUGUGUGUGUGUGUGUGUGUGUGUGUUACAUGUGAACAUCCCCAUGUUUUAACUGUGUGUGUCUGGAGGAAGGAGAUGGAUGGAAACAGAGACUGCUGUCGCCGUAAAUGUACAGUACACAACCCAAGAAAAAUGUAUGUUUGUAAAUUAAAUAUAUAUAUUUAUAGUUGUACAUGUAUGCAUAUGUAUAUAUGUUUACAUGCAUAUAAAUAUAUAUACAGGGUUAUUACAAUGUGUAGACAUGUUUAUGCUGUAUUAUCUUCUAAAUGUCUUCAUGUUUUAUGUUUUUUUUUAUAAAUAGAGACUUGAAGGACUGCUGUUUAUAUGUACAUAUAGGAGCUAUUGUGAGAAAUAGUGUUUAAAUAUUAAUGUUAUCUGGGUUUUGUUACUCUAUAGUUGCUUUCAUCAUGGUUUGCAGCAUUUAUUUCUCUUUUUUAUUGCCAGUUUUUAAACCUUUUUCCUGCAACACAACAGGAAGCAUUAGAAGAAAGCUGUGGGAGUUUAUGUUGAUCUGCUUUGUGUUCAUUCAUAUUACACUGUGUGCAGCAGGGAAGUUUGAAGAUCUCCUGCAUUUUAUACUGAAAACGAUUAGGGAUGUCCCGAUCGAUCAUUUCAGUUUAGUAUUUAUCAAUACCGAGUGAAACUUGAAGUGACCAACAACCUUUCUCUGUUGCUGCUGUUCCUGUACCGCUGUGAGAUGAGAAACCAAUGUCAACUAGAUGAAAUUUGAGAAAAUUUCAAGAAAAAAUCAUCAAACGUUUCUGAACUCAGACGUCAAAGCAGAAAACAGCUCAGCCCUGGAUUGUGAAAAAACUCAUAGUAUUUAUAGCUUUAUUUUGUCACAUAAUGCCAGACUAAAACCAAUGAGAACCAGUCCCAUACAAGUACAUUUUUCUGAAAAACACCAGUAAUGCAGAGCCCCUCUCAUCAUGUGCAUGUAAAAUCUGUCAGUUCUUCACUCUUUUAGCAUGAAGUAAUGGUUUUUACCAUUUCUGACCAUUUUCUCAAAAACUACUGCUUCUAUAAAUACAAGUUUUUCCAAGUCCCACCAUCUUCACAGAUUUAAAAACUGGAUCAGAGCCGGACUUUUACUCUUCUGGUUUGUUCUGCUUUGCUAUUAAAACCCUCAAAAAAUAACAGAAACAUUGUUAGUGCUUGAUUAGUUAAAGGAAAUCUCUACAUUUAAAAUGACAAAUAUUAACAAAAACAAGAUCAUCGAGUAGCAAAGUACUGGAAACAGUUUUUCACCUCUGACCAUCUUCUGUUUCCACCCUGUUUGACCGAACGUGUCGGCGUCGCCAUCCGUCACUUUCGCUUUACUGUAAUUCCACGACACUUUGAGCUAUCUGAAAAAUUUCAACGGUUUCUGAAAGGGGAGACGUUGCACUUUCCAGCCAAUAUUGGGUUACUACGGUAAUUUCUCUCCCGCCGUAGCAGGGAGCAGGUUUUUCUCCGGCAUAAACUGAUGUGAUAUUCUUUUAAUAGAUGGUAAAUUGUGAAAAUAAUCUGGUUGACAUUGAAAGUUCCAGUUGUUAGGGGCAAUAUGUUUAUUAUUAUAUUAUUAUAUGUAUAUUACUCACAGGACAUUUAAAUUACUGCGUACAAUUAAAAUAAGCAAAAAUAUCCAGGCGGAGAGUUGAAACUUAGACUCAGAGGGCUAAACUGUGUAUGUUGCUACGGCGACCAGAGAGACCCAGAUCAGCCGCUUUCGGAUCCAUUAUUCAGACCGAUCCAGAGCCCGGACUGGGUCACAUCGGGACAUCCCUAAACGUUAUGAAAACCACUGGCAGACCAACAGCCUUUUUAUGGAAAGCACAACUGCAGUGAGUUAAAAACACAAACACAGCGCCAGCUUUCCAAACCAUGUGCAAAAAGUGCCAAAAGUUUAAAACUCAUCACCGUUGGCGUCAUCAUAGCAGCAGCCAUGUAACUCUGUUAAUGUCUCGACUCAUUUCCAGCUAACAUGUGCCAAUCUGAGACAAAGGAAUGUGCUUUAAAUGCAUGCAUGGUCCCUACGUGUUGCUUUGAUUAGAUAUCUGUUCAUUUCCUGUCAAAUUAAGCAACAUGAAAACAUCCCUUCUGUGUUACUUUUCCCGUUCUUUAUACCAAACCUUGCAUUACCUAUGCCUGCACCCUGACUUACUAAGAAUGUUCCUAUUUGUGUUUUAUUUUAUUUUUUGUUCACACCCUCCUCAAGUCCUGAAAAUGUGGCUCUAAUAAACCUGUUAAAAUGCUUUGUAAAUUAAGAUAACAAUACAUGCGCAAAAGAUGAAAUCUAUUGAAGUAUUUUAUUUAAAGAGGGGGGAAAAAAGAGAUAAAGAGAGUUAAUUCCUGAUAUUUAUCUGCCUGCAGCUGUUGCAGUCAAAUGUUGAGGAGCUUUCCAAGUGAAUUAUAACUGAAAUGAAAAUCUUAUUUUAAAAAUAAAACCAGAACGUGAA